ACCAUCUACAACAAGAUCAUGGGAGGCGUCGACCUUUUGAACUCCGUCAUCUCCAUUUACCGUCCCUACGUAAAGUCGAAAAGAUAUUAUUUUGGUGUUUUUCUGCACAUUCUUGACUUGACAGCUGUAAAUGCUUGGUUGCUUUACAAGAGGAACAUCAUGAAAAAACGCGAUCAGUACACUGAAACGCUACUUCCGUUGGCUGAGUUCAGCAUGGACCUAGCUGCAUCACUCUGCAAGGCUGGGAAGACGGCGCUGAAAAAGCGAGGAAGGCCUAGCAAUGAGUCAAUAGAACAAGCCUGUGAUGAGAAGAAAGAAAAGGGACCAUCAACUCCAACUCAGGAUGUCAGGCUAGAUCAGGUUGGUCACUGGGUUCUUUGGAGCAAGAAGCGGCAGCGCUGCAAGCUUCCGCGCUGCACAGGAAUCUUCAUGAGCUACUGCGUUAAGUGUGGACUGCGUCUCUGUUCCACAAACAAGAGCAAUUGCUUUUUUGUGUAG